AUGGCUACUUUACAUUUUGUUCCUCAACAUGAGGAAGAUCAGGUUUACUCCAUUUCCGGGAAGGCCCUUAAGUUAACUACCAAUGACGAUAUCAAGCCGUACUUACAAGAACUGGUUGGUUUGAAGACGUGUACAAAGUUGGACUUUUCAGGCAAUACCAUUGGUACCGAGGCUUCUGAGGCCUUGGCCAAAUGUAUCUCUGAUAACACUCAGGUUAGGAACUCUUUGGUUGAAGUGAAUUUUGCCGAUUUGUACACCUCGAGAUUGGUUGAUGAAGUCGUGGACUCGCUAAAGUUUUUAUUACCUGUCCUAUUGAAAUGUCCUAAACUGGAGAUUGUUAACCUCUCCGAUAAUGCCUUUGGAUUAAGAACCAUUGAGUCUCUAGAGAACUACAUUGUAAAUGCCGUGAACAUCAAGCAUUUGAUCUUGAGUAACAACGGUAUGGGCCCUUUUGCUGGUGAAAGAAUCGGUAAGGCUCUUUUCCAUUUGGCUCAAAAUAAGAAAGCUGCUUCCAAACCUUUCUUGGAAACGUUUAUCUGUGGUAGAAAUAGAUUAGAAAAUGGUUCUGCAGUAUACUUGGCCCUAGGGUUGAAAAGUCACGCUGAUGGUUUGAAAGUCGUCAAGCUAUACCAAAACGGUAUCAGACCUAAGGGUGUGGCCACUUUAAUUCACUACGGGCUACAACACUUACAGGGCCUGGAAAUCCUGGAUUUACAAGAUAACACUUUCACUAAGCAUGCUUCUUUGAUAUUAGCUAAGGCUUUGCCUACUUGGAAGGAUAGUUUGUACGAGCUGAAUUUGAACGACUGUCUCUUAAAGACUGCUGGUUCAGAUGAAGUCUUCAAAGUUUUCACUCAAGUUAAAUUCUCUAAUUUGCAUGUUUUGAAAUUCGAAUACAAUGAAAUGGUUCAAAGCACCCUUGAAACAUCCUUUUUACCUGCCAUGGAAAAGGGGAACUUGCCUGAAUUGGAAAAACUUGAAAUCAAUGGUAACAGAUUAGAAGAAGAUUCUGAUGCUUUAGAUCUUUUACAAGGUAAAUUCGAUGAUUUGGAGAUUGACGAUUUAGAAGAACUUGACAGUGAAGAUGAGGAGGAAGAGGAAGAUGAGGAAGAUGAAGACGAGGAUGAAAAACUUGAAGAAGUCGAAACGGAAAGAUUAGAAAAGGAAUUGCUCGAGGCACAAGUGGAUGACCUUGCUGGACGUUUGGCUAAAACUGAAAUCAAAUAA